AUGGCGGAUUUGUCCCUUCUGUACAAAAACGUGUCUCUCUUCUCCAUGGAACCAGGGAGCUUUACCACCCUGAGGGAGGGGGUGUUCUGGGGACUUUUGGAGUAUUUUAUUGAUCAGCUGAGGUCAGAUGGAGUUGUUCAUCUUCCUCGGCGUGUUACCAAUGAAAUUACAAAUAAUACUCGGUACGAGUUUUACACACAAGGAGGAGUCAUCUUUGCAACGAGUCGUAUCCUUGUGGUGGAUUUCCUUACUGACAGAAUUCCUGCAAACCUCAUUACCGGCGUUCUGGUAUACAAAGCACACAGAAUCAUUGAGUCCUGCCAGGAAGCGUUUAUCUUGCGACUUUAUCGCCAGAAGAACAAGCAAGGCUUCAUUAAAGCUUUUACAGAUAAUGCGGUUGCAUUUGACACUGGCUUUUGCCGUGUGGAAAGAGGGAUGAGAAAUCUUUUUGUCAAGAAACUCUAUCUGUGGCCAAGAUUUCAUAUAGCAGUGAACUCAUUUUUACAGAAGCAUAAACCUGAAGUGGUGGAAAUACAUGUGUCAAUGACCCCUGCUAUGCUUGCUAUCCAGACUUCAAUCCUGGACAUUUUGAACGCCUGUCUGAGAGAACUCAAACGUUACAAUCCAGCUCUUGAAGUAGAAGACCUAUCUUUAGAAAAUGCUAUUAGUAAACCUUUUGACAAG